AUGCGCGGGACGUGUCCUGGCCUCGCGGGCGGGCGCGCGAGCAGCGCCAGGGGCGCGGCUGCGGCGCACGCACCGCCGAAACCGCGCACGGGCGGCGCUGCGCGCCGCCCAGCCCCUGUCCGGGAGCAUGCUGCGUGCUCGGGCUGCGGCGCUGCGCGCAGGCGCGGCCAGCGGGUGGCUGCGCGCGCCAGCCUCGGGGACUCCGACGGUAGGACGAAUCAGGGGCUGUUUCCGGCGGGGAGGAAGCAGAUUAAGGUCGAGCUGCCCUCUUUGGCGCUCAGAGUGGACGCAGGCCGAGCGCUCUCGGAUCCGGCCUACUGCGACGCAGUGAGCGACGCUGUGCGGGGCGGAGCGAACCUCGUGCUCCUGUUUGACGCAUCGGGGUCCGCCGGAGGCGGUAGGAGCUUGUACCAGGCGGCCGUCAAGGUCAAGGACCUCGUGCGCGGGCGGGCGCCCCUGCUGCUCUUGGACCGACCAGACCUGGCCAGUGCCGCCGGCGCGGACGGCGUCCUGCUCACCAAGGACGCCGUGCCCCUCGUCGUCGCCCGCGAGAUGAUCCAGGACGUCUCGAUGCUGAUUGGGGCCGAGGUGGAUCUCGCGGUGUCGGCCGGGCAGGCUGCCGCGGACGGCGCGGGCGUGAUCGUGCUGCGUGGGCAGACCAGCGGCGGAGCGGCUCCGACCGGGGAGGAGAUCGCGGCGGCGCGGAAAGCUCAGCGCGCCGCCUCGAUCCCACUGCUCGCGUGGGCCGGAGACGACCCCGCGGCGGUGCGCGAGGCCGCGAGCGUCGGCGCGGACGGCCUUGUUGUGGACGCGGCAACGCUGCCGGGGCUCGCCGAGGCCGCGACGGGCUCGCUGGACGACGACUCGGAGCACGCAGCGGCGGCGCGCGCGCUGCUGCGGCUGAUGGAGGCGGGGGGCGCGGACCCGGGGGUGUCUGAGGAGGAGGAGGGGGGUGUGGCGGAGGCGGCAGAGGAGGGGCGGAGCCGCGUGGAGGCGGUGGAGGCGCAGGUGAUCGGCGCGCCAGAGCGCACGGCGCCGGCGUGGUUCCGGCCGGGGCAGGUCGGGGUCAUGACGGACGCGGUGGAGACCCUUCUGAAGAGGGAGCGGGACGCGUUGGCGGAUGCGCUGCGCCUGGUGCGCGAGGCAUCGCCGACGAUGGAGGAGGCGUCGCUUCUGGAGGACGCGCUUGCGCAGCUCGAGGAGCUCUUCUUGAUGGUCGUGGUCGGGGAGUUCAACUCGGGCAAGUCGUCCGUGAUCAACGCACUCUUGGGCGGAAAGUUCCUCCCAGAAGGGAUUCUCCCAACUACCAAUGAAAUCAACAUCCUCAAGUACUCCGCGGACGCGCCGCCGGGCCAGGGCACCGCCCGGCAGGAGGAGGACGGCCUGUACGUCCGCGAGCUCCCCGCGCCGUUCCUCCAGGAGGUGACCGUCGUCGACACCCCCGGGACCAACGUCGUCCUGAGUCGGCAGCAGCGUCUGACGGAGGAGUACGUGCCGCGCGCGGACCUGGUGCUGUUCGUCAUGUCGGUGGACCGCCCGCUCACGGACAGCGAGGUCACCUUUUUGAAGUACAUCAAGAGAUGGGGAAAGAAGGUUGUCUUUGUGCUGAACAAAGCCGACCUCCUUUCGAGCCCAGACGACGUCGCGCAGGUCGAGGCCUUCGUGCGCGAGAACGCCGCGCGCAUCCUCGAGACCGGCGACCCCAAGGUGAUGUCCGUCUCCGCCCGCCAGGCCCUCAAAGCCAAGACGGAGGUGGGCAACGGCACUGAUCUCCUGGGCACCAUGGACGCCGAGGAGCUGCGCACGAGCCCGGACUGGAUCGCCAGCGGGUACAACGGCCUCGAGCAGUUCCUCCUGGGCUUCCUCGGCGGCGGCACGGGCGCCGGCGAGGUCCUGCGCCUGAAGAUGAUGACGCCAGUUGGCAUCGCGGAGGCUCUCUUGUCCGCGGCGGGCCGGCAGCUCGCGCAGGAGGAGCAGGCUGCGCGCGCGGACGUCGAGGCGCUGAAGAAGGUCGCGCCGCAGCUCGACGGGUUCGCGGACGCCGUCAUGCGGGACAGUGCGGCGCAGCGUGCGCGGUGCCGGGAGGCGCUGCUCCGCGCGGCGGAGCGCAUCGACGACGCGGUGGACGCGGUGAUCCAGCUGUCGAACCCGGGCGUGGCGUCGGCGUACCUGCUGGGCUCGAACGACCGCAAGUCGCUGCCGAUCGCGCGGGCGCUGUCGCAGAAGGAAAUUGCGGGAGGGCUGGAGGAGGUUGAGGCGCUGGCGGUGCAGCACUCGCGGUGGCUGUCGGACAACUGCAACAAGCAGGUCGCGGGGUACACGCGGUACUGCUUGGGUCUGGCGGAGCCGCUUGGGACGGACCUGACAGCGCUCGUGCCUGACGCGGGCCUUGCGACGGACGCGGCGUGGAAGGACGCGGCACAGGUGGUGCAGGGGUACGACGCCGGGACUGCGCUGUCGCAGGUCGAGGAAGGCACGCGCGAGGCGGUCGUCGGCACGGCGUCGCUCGUCGGCGGUUCGGCAGUCUUGGUGUUCUUGUUGACAAACAUCCUGCAAACCUCGAUCGAGGAUAUCCUGGCGCUGGCUCUCGGCGGUGCCGGCGUGGGCGUCGCGUUCGUCACGCUCCCGGUCAAGCGCGCGAUGGUCAAGAGGGCUGCGAGGGCUGAGGUGGAGCGUGUUGCUACGCAGCUCGACACAGUGAUGACUGCGGAGGCGGAGCGCAAGGUCGCGAUGGUGAAGGACGCGGUGGGCGCGAUGGUGGAGCCGCUGCAGGCCGCGGCGGAGCGGGAGGAGGCCCGCGUGAAGGCGCUGCAGGAGCGCUGCGAGCAGGCGGACGCGGCGGUGGCGGCGCUGCGGAAGGAGAUCACCGCGACCGGGUGA